AUGAGUGGCAGGAACUCAAAGGGGCCAUGGGGGCAAGCCCCCCGCCAGGCGGCCGGCGCCCGGGCCCUCCUGGCCGCCCUCUUCGCCUUCCGCGCCUUCCGCGAGAACUGGCGCCGGGCCUGGCUGCGCGCACUCAACCAGCAGGCACGGCGGCACGGGAGCUCCAUCCAGAUUACCUUUGAGGACAGCCCUCAGCUGCUGCCCGGGGUCCACAUCCGUCACGUGAGCUGUGCUGACCAGUCAGACCGCAGCAUGGUGUUAUGUUGCCACCUUUCGGCCGAUGCCAUGCAGUUCCCUGUUUCGGUCACUCAGCAGUCGCCAGCUGCUGUUUCUAUGGACAGCUACUGUGUCACCCUGGCGGUGCUGCAGGCCCAGCUGGUGAUACGUCUGGAGGAGGUGGAGGACGAAGGCCUGCUGGUGUCCUGGGCCUUCAAGGACAGGCCGGACUUGAACCUGAUGGUGGCGCCGAAGUUUCAGCUCCAUGACGACAACGAUGGGAAGGUAGACCUGUCCACCAUCAAGGAUCUGAUUGAGGACUCUGUCGUCAGCACUCAGCCGGCCAUGAUGGUGAACCUGGAGGCCUGCGUCGCUGGUGGCAAGGCGUCUUGUAACAAGCGCCUUCAGGGGUCCCCGUCUGGCGCAGCAGCUCCCAUGCGCAAGCUGCUACUUCAGCACCUGCGGGCCCUGCGCCUGGACUGCGAGGAAGCUCAAGGCGGGCAGCUGUGCUGUGUGGUGGAGCUGGACAGCCCUUGGCAGCGGAAGCGAACCCAGGCGGUGCCGGCCAGCCGCUCCAGCCCCCCGGGCCAGGUGGAGUGGGCCGACAGACUUCUCCUGGAGCUCGGACCAGGAAGCAAAGAGCUGACGCUGAGUGUGCUCGGGAGCAGCAGUGCCGGCCAGGACACCCUCUUGGGGUUUGUCACAAUCCGACUGAACUCUGCCUCCCAAGAGCCACGUGGGCAGCAGCAGUACCAGUUGAAUCCCAGGGCUGGCAGGAGGCUGCCGCCUGCAGCAGCCCUGAUGGUGGAGCUGCUCUACCAGGAGUCGCCAGAGCUUCAGCCGGCAUCGGGGCUGCGCACCAGCAUCACGCCCACCAAGAAGGUUGAGAUGGACCGCACCAUCAUGCCUGACGGCACCAUUGUCACCACAGUCACCACCGUCCAAUCCAGGCCCAAAAUGGACUGCAAGCUUGAUUCACCCUCCAGGUCCCCAUCAAAGGUGGAAGUGACGGAGAAAGUGACCACCGUGCUUCCGGAGAGCGGCUGCCCCAGCAAGGCCUCGCCCACCAGCAGCAGAAGCAGCCAUGUCUCUAACGGCUUGGACCCUGUUGCUGAGACGGCCAUCAGGCAGCUGACGGAGGCCACCAAUCGGCCGGUGAAGAAGACGCCCACCAAGCGCAGCACCCUCAUCAUCUCGGGGGUCUCCAAGGUACCAAUUGCACAAGACGAAAUGGCUCUCUCCCUUGGCUACGCCGCGUCUCUGGAUGCCUCGCUCCGCGAAGACUCCAUCAUGGCCGGCAUGCUGGACCACACUCAGAGCACCGCAGAGCCGGAGGCCUUCUCCUCGGCCCACCGGGCCAGCCAGGAGCUGGAUGAGACCACCCGCUCGGACAUCUCUGAGAGGCCCUCGGUGGAGGACGUGGAAUCGGAGACUGGCUCCACGGGGGCUCUGGAGACCAGAAGCCUGAAAGACCACAAAGUGAACUUCCUGCGGAGCGGCACCAAACUCAUUUUCCGAAGGAAGAACAAGCAGAAGGAAGCUGGCCUCAGCCAGUCCCACGACGACUUGCCAAACGCCAGUGCGAGUUCUGCCCCCAGGAAGAAAUCCGGCAGCUUCUCCCGGCGUCUCAUCAAGCGCUUUUCCUUCAAGUCCAAGCCGAAGGCCAACGGCAGCACGUUGGCCACGGACAAGCACUGAGCCGCUGCUUCUGGACAGACCCCUUUGUUGAUGCCUCCCCCACUCCGUCUUUGCCGUCUUUGCGUCACGGCCUCGGUCCCUCUUCCCUCCCCUGCAACGGGAGUGACCUCCAGAGCCCGCCUCCUGGACGGUCGGUGUUGCUGUUUGGAGCUCUUGCUGCGUAGCGUCUGUGAGUGCCGUGGCCUCCCUGCGUGGAGCUGCUCUGGGGAGAGGGAUGCCACAGGCCACCUUCAGCCGGGACCUGAAAUCCUGGGAGCACAGGGUGGCAGAGAAGGUGGAUUGUGAUGGUGGCUUAAGGACAGCUUCGAUGUGUAUUGGGCACCUCAGGAAACGGAAGGAGGCCGCCACGCUGGCUGAAGGCCGGCUUCUCCUGUGUGUGCGGGCAAGAAAUGUCCUCCUUUCACGUUCUCGGGGACUCCGGGGGCUUGUGCUUCUGGAGAGGUGGCUCAGUCCCUGGAGGAGGGGCCUGCUGUGUUAGCCCUUGGGGGUCUCUGCCUCCUGGGACCCAGCCCGUGCCUGCGGGACAGGAGAAGGGGGAAGGCACAGACUUCUGGCCAAAA